UUUCUCUACCUCUAGACAGAGGGUCAUAAAAACAGAUGUUCUUCUGAAUCACCUCAGAGAAGAUGCUUAAAUCACUGACAAUGAAAUUCAACAAGGUGAAUCCCAUAACAGGGAACAAUGAGAAUGAGGAAUGCACACAUCAAAGCAGUCAGCCUCAGCCCUUCACAAAACAGGGAGAAAACAAAAGGGAAGAGAGAUCUCUGGAAACCAGCAACAGUCAAGACAUGUUUGAAGAAUCACACACCAACAGGCAAGAUAAAAUCUCCAAGAAAGAUUCCUGUGAUUUGCCUGCAAAUUCUGACCCUCAGCAUCCAACAGAAUCAACCACAGCGAUGUCAGAGCAGAAAGAAAUGGGCAUCAGAAAAGAAAGUCCAAUCAGCCCACUUGGAGUCCCUGUUAUAAAUGAGAAUGCUGAUGCCACACUCCACAACAUUGUGACAAAAAUGCGUCAGAGAACAGCCCUCUACAAGGAAAAGCUGAAAGAGGGAGAAAUAUCCUCGCCGGAAGCCAGCCCACACGCCGCAAAGCCCACAACUGCACCAGCAACACAAGAAAGCAAUUCUAAUCUAAAAGCAGAGCACUACUAUGGCAUACUGUGUUGGCAGUUCCAGAAGAAGCCUCUGACAGAAUAUCUAAAGAGAAUGAGACUUCCAAGAAGCAUAGAUUCACACACAGAUCAGUUCUAUCUCCUGUGGCUCUUGCUCGUCACCAUUGCCUAUAACUGGAAUUGCUGGCUGAUACCACUGCGAGUGGUCUUUCCCUAUCAAACACCAGACAACACAUGCUACUGGCUUAUUAUAGACAUCGUGUGUGAUAUCAUCUACCUUUGUGAUAUGCUAUUAAUCCAGCCCAGACUCAAGUUCAUAAGAGGAGGACAAAUCAUAGAGGAUUCAAAUGAACUAAAGAGACAUUAUAGGAGUUCUACAAAAUUUCAGUUGGAUGUGGCAUCAAUAAUACCGUUUGAAGUUUUCUAUCUCUUCUUUGGGUAUAAUACGAUGUUUAGAACAAAUAGGAUGUUGAAGUACACUUCAUUUUUUGAGUUCAAUCAUCAUCUAGAGUCUAUAAUGAACAAAGCAUAUAUCUACAGAGUCAUUCGAACAACUGGCUACUUGCUAUUUAUUCUGCACGUUAAUGCCUGUGUUUAUUACUGGGCUUCAAACUAUGAAGGAAUUGGCACAACAAAAUGGGUGUAUAAUGGUGAAGGAAACAAAUAUCUGAGGUGUUAUUAUUGGGCAGUUCGAAGUUUAAUUACCAUUGGAGGGCUUCCUGAGCCACAAACUUUAUUUGAAAUUGUUUUUCAACUGUUGAAUUUCUUCUCUGGAGUGUUUGUAUUCUCCAGCCUAAUCGGUCAGAUGCGAGAUGUAAUUGGGGCAGCUACAGCCAAUCAGAACAACUUCCGUGUCUGUAUGGAUCACACCAUAGCUUACAUGAACACUUAUUCCAUCCCUCAAAGUGUGCAGAGUCGUGUUCGGACUUGGUUUGAAUAUACAUGGUACUCUCAAAGAAUGCUCGAUGAGUCUGAUUUGCUUGAAAAUCUGCCAACUACAAUGCGGCUAGCCCUUGCCAUUGAUAUGAACUUCAGCAUCAUCAGCAAAGUCGAUUUGUUCAAGGGUUGUGAUACCCAGAUGAUCUAUGACAUGUUGCUAACAUUGAAAUCUGCUAUCUAUUUACCUGGUGACUUUGUCUGCAAAAAGGGAGAAAUUGGUAAAGAAAUGUAUAUCAUCAAACAAGGAGAAGUCCAAGUUCUUGGAGGUCCUGAUGGUGCCCAAGUCCUAGUUACUCUGAAAGCUGGGGCAGUGUUUGGAGAAAUCAGCCUUCUGGCAACAAGAGGAGGAAAUCGCCGAACUGCCAAUGUGGUAGCCCAUGGGUUUGCCAAUCUUUUAACUCUGAACAAAAAGACCUUUCAUGAAAUUCUGGUGAAUUAUCCAGAUUCUGAAAAGCUCCUCAUGAAGAAAGCCAGAGUACUUUUAAAACAGAAGGAUCAGCACAAAGAAGCGACACCACCAAGAAAAGGAUUUGCGUUCCUCGUCUCAUCAAAACAAGAGAUGCCUAAAAUGUUUAAAGCUCUUCUGGGAGGCAGAGGAAAAGCAGAUCUUGCAAGACUGCUCAGAUUGAAGAGAGAACAGACAGUGCAGGAAAUAAAUGGAAAUUCCAAAGGAGAAGGUAAAACAAAAGAAGAUGAAGAUAAAGGAAAAGAGCCAGCAGAGAAAACAUUGGACAAGUCCAAAGAUGAAGCAAGUCCUGUAAUGGCAGAGGAAAUGCCCCAGAUGACUAGAAAGGCAGUUUUACUGCGAGAAACUACCCAUCAGUCACUCAUCAUCAGCAUGGCUCCUUCUGCUGAGACCAACGAGGAGGUGCUGACUGUAGAAGUCAAAGAAAAGUCUAAGCAAUAAAUGUUUGAUUAUCUCUAGAUAUAACCUAGCUAGUUCCUUAAGAGAUUGUACCUAGGACUGUAGCGUAGCUUAAUCAGGGAAAGAAAACAUCCUUGCUGGGACCAUUGAGAAACCAUAGGCAAAUCCCUAGCUUGGUUUCUAAGACUUAUCUGACAGUGUAAUUUUAUGUACUUUUAAUAAAUAGAUUAUUAAAAACUA